UUGCUCAAUAAUUUAUUAUCGGAAAAUAUGUCGUGGGUUAAAGAAAAUUGUGUUUCGUUUUUUCAACUUUUCUGUAUUAAAGUCGUUAAAAGCGGUAGAAUUCCACAGCAUUUAGCUUUUAUUAUGGAUGGAAACCGUCGAUUUGCUAAAAAGAAUAGCGUUCAAAGUAGUGUUGGACAUCAUAAAGGUUUUGAUAAACUUUCAGAAACACUAAAGUGGUGCCUUGAUUUGGGUGUUCCUGAAGUCACAGUGUAUGCUUUUAGUAUUGAAAAUUUUAAAAGAAGUGAAGAAGAGGUUGCAGCAAUUAUGGACUUGGCUCGGGAUAAAUUUAAAAGACUUUUGGAUGAAAUUGAAUUGAUAAACGAAUGGGGUGUUCGGAUACAUGUAGCUGGCCGUUUGUCUAUGCUUCCAGAAGACUUACGGUCCCUUGUUGCUAAAGCAAUGCUAGCCACAAAGAACAAUAAUAUAUUGCAGCUAAAUAUUGCUUUUGCAUAUACAGGACGGGACGAAAUCAGCCGAGGAGCAUCACACAUCAUUGAUGGGAUUCGAAAUAAAGAUUUGUUGCCUGAGGAUAUUGAUGAGGAUCUUGUGUCACAAACUCUUGAUUUAGGAGAAGCUGAACUGUUAGUGAGGACAUCUGGUGAAGUAAGAUUGUCUGAUUUUAUGUUGUGGCAGGUUUCCAGGACAGUAUUGUACUUUACGGAUGUUCUUUGGCCAGAGUUCUCUAUUUGGAAUCUUUUGGCCGCCAUCAUUCACUUCCAAAGGCAUGCUCCUCCUGUCUCACCCGAAUUGGAAAACACAAAGAGUAAACAGAAGUUCUUAGAUAAGCUAGAAAAUAAAUGGUGGCAAGAAUUGGAAAGCUAUGUUAUAUGUUAAAGUUACUUAAUAUUU